GUCAGUUCUACCAAACAGCUAUUUAAUCGAUUUCGUUCAUGUGUAAUUAAGCUUCCCACAUCUGAAAAGAGACAUUCAGGUGGAACUGAUGUGGCAGGAAUUGUCAAAUAUUUGCGUGCAAGUUGUGAAAGAAUUGGAUAUAGAGAUAAGAAUCGAUUUUCAACCAAAAUCGAUUCUCGAGCACAAAGUGCGACGAUGAUGAUGACGACGACAGCAAUAACGGGUAAUGAAGCGAAAGAGAAUGUUGCAGGCGCCAUUGCUGUCCCUGUUAAGUUCAAAGUUGCAGUUCGGGCAGCGGAUUAUUUUGGAUUCGCCCAAUUUUUCGUGAAUUUAGCCACAAGAUCCACAGACGGCACUGUCGGAAACGAAAGGGUGACCAAGUGCACAUUACUCUGGCAAUCUUGGAACGAAUACGACGUUGCUCAUAUGACUCAUACUCAAUAUGGAUAUAAUAUUCUUCAAGCAAAAAAAGAUGUUAUUUUAUAUG